UUUUAUUGAUCUGGCUGUAUUUUCCGAUUGGGGAAGGAGCUAUUGGGGUUAAUUGGGGGACCAUGGCGAUUCGUCCAUUGCCGCCGAAGAUUGUUGCUCAGAUGUUGCAGGACAACGGGAUUGGAAAAGUUAAACUUUUUGAUGCGGAUGAGAACACCCUGAAAGCGCUUGUCGGAAGUGAUAUUGACGUAAUGGUGGCGAUACCAAACAAUAUGCUUGCAAUCAUGAACGACUACGAUGCUGCUCAGCGCUGGGUGGAUAAGAAUGUUUCUCGCUAUAUGUUUGAUGGAGGAGUCAAUAUCAAAUAUGUUGCCGUCGGCAACGAGCCUUUCCUCGCCGCCUAUAAUGGUUCAUUCAUCAACACCACUUUCCCCGCACUACAAAAUAUUCAGAAUGCCCUUAAUGAAGCUGGCUAUGGAGACAAAAUCAAGGCCACCGUCCCCCUCAACGCCGACGUCUACAACUGCCCAUCAUCCAACCCAGUCCCCUCCGCCGGCCGGUUCCGCUCUGAUAUCAGCGAUAUCAUGACCCAAAUUGUCCAUUUCUUCAAGCAGAAUAACGCCUCAUUCAUCGUAAAUAUCUAUCCUUUCCUCAGCUUAUAUGCCAAUAAAGACUUCCCCUUCGAUUACGCCUUCUUCGAAGGCACGGGCAAGCCCGUCGUAGACAAUGGCAUACAAUACACCAAUGUCUUCGAUGCCAACUUCGACACCCUUGUCUCAGCCUCGAAGGCCGCCGGAGUUCCCGACCUGCCCAUCAAAGUGGGAGAGGUGGGAUGGCCUACUGAUGGAGACAUAAAUGCCAAUAUUAACUAUGCCCAGAGGUUCUAUAACGGGCUUCUUGCCCGUUUGGCUCACAACCAAGGGACGCCGCUGCGACCAAAUGUGGACAUAGAUGUUUAUCUCUUUGGCCUCAUUGAUGAAGAUGCGAAGAGCAUAGAUCCAGGGAACUUUGAGAGACACUGGGGGAUCUUCAACUACGACGGGCAGCCAAAGUUUGCAAUGGAUCUCUCCGGCCAGCAGCCGCCGACCUAGUUGGUCGCCGCCAAGAAUGUGAAGUACUUGCCGCAGAAGUGGUGUGUAUUGAAUCCUGAAGUGAGUGACUUGGACAAGCUUGCGGGUAACAUAAACUUUGCCUGCACCUUCUCGGACUGCACUGCGCUCGGCUAUGGCUCCUCCUGCAAUGGAUUGGAUACCAAUGGGAAUGCUUCUUAUGCGUUCAAUAUGUAUUUUCAGGCGCAGGGGCAGAAUGAACUGGGCUGUGGUUUUCAGGGGCUUGGCAUGGUGACAACUCAGAAUCAGAGUACUGAUAAGUGCAAUUUCAUCAUUCAGAUUGAUUCGCCUGCGAGUUGUAGAGCUUUUAGUUUGCCAUUGUUGUUAAUGUUUAUGUUGAUUUCACUUUAUGUGCUCAUGUUUUAGGAGUUGGAA